GGCGCUGCCGGUUGUGUUUUGGCAAAUUUGACAACUCGUCCAAUUACGUCACUCGUAGAAAAGCAAUAUGGUCGCAUAGUUAAAUUUGAGAGUGAAUCGUAUUGGAAACGCGUUUUGUGCAGUUAAAAAUGGGUGAUAACACGUCGCAAAAGUCCAGCUCGACUCAAAAUGAGCCCGCUAUGAAGGGCUGGCUAUUCAAAUGGACUAAUUAUUUGAAAGGAUAUCAAAGAAGGUGGUUUGUUUUACAGAACGGUCAUCUGUCGUAUUACAGGGCCGAAAAUUCCGGUAGCGUGGGCACGUUGUCGAUUAGAAGAAGAAGAAAAUUCAGACAGGGAAACCAAGCGGAAAUGGCGCACACGUGUCGCGGCAGCAUUUCUCUGCACGGCGCCCUAAUUUACACGGUAGAUGCCAGCACCUUCGUCAUUUCCAACGGAGGUACCCAAACUUUUCACAUCAGGGCCGCAUCAGAGUUCGAGAGGCAGUCCUGGGUCACCGCUUUGGAGUUGGCCAAAGCUAAAGCCAUAAGAAACAUGGAAUCGGAGGAGGACGACGACGAGGCCGAGGACGGUCCGGGCGGCGUCGAGGACUGGUCGGGCGUGGUGCGCAAGCUCGAGGCGCAGCUCAACGACCUGCAGACGUGCAGCGAACUCAUCGGCAAGCACUGGAAGUGCCUGGUGAAGCCGCUGGGCGAGAUGGAGACCAACGCCGACCCGGACGCCAUCCAGGGCAAGGUCAAGGAGGUCUGCGAGCGGGCUACCCUCUUCCGCAUCUCCACCAACGCCAUGAUAAACGCUUGCGGGGAUUAUUUAAAAACCGCCCAAACGCACGGACACAAAUGGGUGAGGUUGCUGCAACACGAACGCGAACAAAGGCAACGAUUGCAAGACAUGGUCGAAACACUGGCAACGCAGCAUUCCAAACUGGAGCAAGCGGCAAACGCGCAUACACACAGGCCUGCCAUCAGUGCCAGUGAAAAUGAGGAGGAGGAUGAAAAUGAGUUUUACGAUGCUAUAGCUGAGGGUGGGGGAACACCAAACACUCAAACUGAUGGUUUUACAUUGAACAUACCUACGGGCACAACCCAUAGAAGAAACAGUUCGGAUAGCAGUAGCGAAACAGAAGAUACCCAAGCUACCAAACAAGUUGUCGUCGUGACCAGCAAGCACGCGGCGAGUUCGGGCAGCAGCGGCCAGAACGCGGAGGCGGCGGGCGGCGGCGCUGGGGGCGGCAGGCAGCGGCGGCAGCGCGUGCCCGACAAGCCGAACUACCCGCUCAACUUGUGGAGCAUCAUGAAGAACUGCAUCGGCAAGGAUCUAAGUAAGAUACCGAUGCCGGUCAAUUUCAACGAGCCUCUCUCCAUGCUCCAGCGCAUCGUCGAAGACUUCGAGUACUCGGACAUACUGGACAAGGCGGCCAAUUGUACCGAUUUUUGCGAGCAGAUGGCGCACGUGGCAGCCUUCACGAUAUCCGCCUACUCGACCACUAGCGUGCGUUCCGCAAAACCUUUCAAUCCGUUGCUAGGGGAGACGUACGAGUGCGACCGUACGGACGAUUUCGGGUGGAGGCUCGUCAGCGAGCAGGUCUCCCAUCAUCCCCCAAUGCUUGCACAGCACUGCGAUGGUCGCGGUUGGAAGUGUUACCAAGAGUUUACCAUGACUAGCAAAUUUAGGGGAAAAUAUUUACAGAUUAUUCCAUUGGGGAUGGCCCAUUUGGAGUUUACCAAUACGGGAAACAAAUUCUCGUGGAGAAAAGUUACCACGACCGUUCACAAUAUUAUCGUAGGGAAACUCUGGGUCGACCAACACGGUGACAUGGAGAUUCUCGGUCAAGGUGGCGACGGUCAGAAGAUCAAGUGCGUGCUGAAAUACAUACCGUACUCGUAUUUCAGCCGCGACACCCAGCGUCGGGUUAAAGGUGUGGUGCUGGACGAAAAAGAGCGCGUCCAAUGGGUGAUCAACGGCACUUGGGACGACCAGGUCGAAAUUGCCAAGGUAAUCGGAAACACUAAAAAUACGAGCACCACUUCGAUAUACGAAACGGACACGUCGGAGCUAAUUUGGAAAAGAAGGCCUGUUCCACCCGAUAGCGAUAAGUGGUACAACUUCACUGUGCUGGCCGCCCAAUUAAACGAACCGGAAGAAGGUGUUGCCCCAACUGACUCCAGACACAGGCCGGAUCAGCGGCUCAUGGAAGAGGGUAGGUGGGACCAGUCAAACACGGAAAAAAUAAGACUGGAAGAAAAACAAAGGGCCGUUAGAAGAGCGAGGGAAGCUGAAACCGAAGCUGCAGCCAAAACAGGGAAUCACAUAGAGCCGUACCAACCUCUGUGGUUCGAGCAGAAAAAAAACGAGGAGACCGGGACGGUGAUCCACGUGUACAAGGGGAAUUACUGGGAGAGCAAGGAGAAGCAGGAUUGGUCGAUGUGCCCCGAUAUAUUUUAAGCGAGGCUUAACCUAAAACUCUCUUUUAUUCCUAACGGCAGGUUUUGGUGACAGGUUGGCGGGAGAAGUCUUAAAAUUAUCCGGAUUAUUUUUUAAACCGUGUAUAUACUAGUGGAAACGUUUAUUUUAAAUCCUAAUGUAAAUAAUAAGUCAAUAAUAUCACACAGGGCGAAGUACAGCAUCGUUGGAGAAACUUGUGUAUUUUUGGUGUGCAAUCAAAAAUGUUGUUCCGAAUGUCAAAUUAAUUAAUAUUGUUCACCCUUGUAUAUAAGCUUUCCGAGAAAUGUGAUAAUGUAAAUAAAUAUACAUUGCAGUUGUUUGUAUUUUAUUUUGUUUGUAUAGGUGGAUAAAAAAGCAUAAAAAAGUAAUAUAUUAUGCUUUUUCUCAUUUUACGUAGAAUUCAAUAAAUUUUUUAAUGCAA